CCUUUCAGAUGGUGCCCAACGAGGUCGUGGCCGCGACUAAGCGUGACGAUGAGGCGGCGGUGGAGGCAUGGCUUGACGGCGGCGGGCGGGUCACCGCGGGCUGUGCGAGUGGCGCUACGCUGCUAGGAGUCGCCGCCGGGAACGGGUGCGAGCGGGUGGUUGGCCUCCUGCUGCAGCGCGGCGCGGAUGUGAACCUGCAGGACGCCCUCGGCGCCACCCCGCUGAUGAUUGCCGCCAGUCAGGGCCGCCACGCAGUCGUGCUCCGUCUUCUGCGGGCGGGCGCAGACAUGAGGGUGCGCUCUUCGUAUGGCAGGACGGCGCUGCAGAUGGCCAAGGCGAAUGGUCACGCCAAGUGCGUCGAGGCCGUCAGGACAUACCUCGGGGAGGUGGCGGGUCGGAGCAAGGCGCCACCAGCAGUCGGCGAGCGGGCGGACGCAACCUCUGCCUCGAGCGGCGAGGGCGGCGCGGAGGCCGAGCCGAACAGCGGCGGGGCGGUGCCUGAGGAGGCGCGGCACGCCAAGGAGCUGCUGGCGGAGGUCGAGGCGGAGAAGCGCGCCAAGGCCAAGAAGAAGAAGAAGAAGAAGGGCGGGGGGGCGGGCAUGGCUGGGCCGUCGCAAGAGCACGAGCCGCCGUCGCAGGAGCCCGAGGCGCCAACGGAGGGCACCGAGGCGCCGCCGGAGGCAGCCGCAGCUGAGGCGGCGAAGAAGGCCGAGGAGGCGAGGCUUCUCCAGCUUCUCGCGACGCUCACCGAGGAGAGGAUCCGAUUCGGCAUCACGGCGGAGAGCCAGGCGGCGGCGUCGGCAGAGGUGGCUAAGGCUGUGCGCUUGGACGCUGAGGCGGACGAGGCGGAGGAGGAGGCAGAUGCAGACGAGGAGGAAGAGGCGGCUGCCGAGGCGGCGCUGGCGGAAGUCGAGGUUGCGCGGGCGGAGGCCCGGGCGGCGCGUGCAGAGGCCAAGGCGGCGCUGGACAAGGCGCAGGCGGCGCUGGAGGGGAUUGAGACAGCGCUCGAGGAGGCGGCGGCGGCUGCCGACGCGAGGCGUGCCGCUGCGGCCGCUUCGAGGGCAAGGGCGGCUGCCGCGAGGAGGGCAGCGGAUGCGGCACAGCCGCAUAGAGAUGCAUAGCGAGCGGUGACGACAUCGCCGACAUCGCCGAUACGUACUGCUGCAGCGAUAACGACGUGAGGAGCUCGCUUUCGUUCCGCGUCUCGUGGCGUUGGCGAGGAUGAUAAGCCCGCCACCUCCCAUGUGUGUAUCUCUAUCUCUGAAUCUCUCUGCCUGCGGCGUGCGGGGCGGACGUACCAGUAACCAGAGAUUGUUCGCUGCGCGGUUGUACUCAUUGCCGUACGAGGU